AUGGAGACACGAUGGGAUUGUGGAGGCUUCUUCUGCAUUUACACCUCGCGAGGUCAGACAGGAGGAAAACCCACUGUUGUUAUCCCGUCCUGCUGUGUAGCGCUGUGUGUUUCCCUCCCUGCUCCUUCCAACGUCUCCAUCUCCUCCUUCAACCUGGAGCACACACUCCGCUUCCUGCCCGGCCUCGAGACCCCGCCGGACGCCCGCUUCACUGUUCACAUCCUUCGCCUCAGGAGGAAAACGUGGAGACCAGUGACGGCGUGUUUGGAGCUGAGGGCCGGACAGACGUGUGACCUGACCUACGUGUUCAAGGACCUGUCGGACCCCUGCAGGGCCCGCGUCCAAGCCUUCACUUCCACCCAGACGUCCAACUGGGCUGUUUCCGAGCGCUUCACGCCUCUGUCCGACACUGUGUUGGGACCACCUGAUGUGUCGUUGUCUGGCUGUGGGAACUGUUUGCUCCUGCACAUCACACUUCCUAUGAAGGCACCGAAGCAGCUAAAACAGCUGUAUAGGAGAGUUGUCCUCCAUGUCCGGAGGUCCAGGGAUGGUGCUCAGUUCGAUCUGAGUCUGACUUACAACGAGGAAAACAAGAUCUCCUACCUGCAGCAAGGUGUGGAGUACUGCGUGAGCGUCUCUGUGACGUCACUCACCAACUACAACUGCGUGGCGAGUCCACCUCGCUGUGCCUUCACCAGCCCCCCUCGGCCCACCAGCUCACCGCACAUCCUCCACAGCCUGCUGGCCGCGCUCUGCGCGUCGGCGUUUCUCCUCGUUGGACUGCUCGUCUGCGCCAGUCGGUUGUCCUUUAGCAUACGGAGACAAUCGCUGCAGAGAACUCUGUCACAUGUGCUCCAGUGGAGGAAGGGCAGAACGGCCCCCGCUGCAGCCUCAGAUGGGAUGUCCUCCCUGCAGCAGCACAGGGAGGACUCUGCUGACUGCCUGCUGCCGGCCCCCCCCAGCAGCUGCCCCAACGCUGUGCAAUGGCACUGA